AUGAAAAAGGAAAACAGCAGGUCCGCUGAUAACAGCUCAGCUUGGUGGGGAAAACCCUGCACUCUUAAAGAGUGGAGGCGGCCCCCCAAAAUGAGCACAGGAGAGCAGCCAGACAGCCGAUUCCUGACUGUGUGUGGUAAGGAGCAAGAAAAAGGAGGGCAGCUUGGAGGAAUUAAACCUAGGGAUGGCCCCAAACCACAUUUUAUGGUUACAAGCAUCAAGCAUCAUCUCCUUUGCCACAAACCUUCUGCCAGAACUGAAAAUAAGAACCAAAACUCUAACAGGCCUCCCCACUCCCUGGCUGCCAGUGCUCUUUGGCAGUCCCACAAGUCAGCACAAGGAGGAUGUCAAGGAGAACCCAACAGCAUAGUAAGAAAUAAGUUCCUGGCUGAAGGUGGCAGCACGGAGGACCAUGUGGGCCCUGGGUCCUACCAAGUCCCAGCCCCAAAGCGGAGGGUGGCAUAUGGCUAUGUACCGUUUCUUUCUUUGACUGACAGAGAAAGUACUUUUACUAUUGUCUCCACUAUUAAAGAUGCCCCAGGUCCAGGACACUAUAAUGUUUCAGAAGCACAAAAAGUUUCAAGAAGACCUUCUGUUACCAGAAAUGUAGAUGUUCCUUCAAUUCCUUCUUGUGGACAGUCAUAUGGUUAUCAUAUUAAUGAAGAUGGCAGAAUUAUGAAAUGCUUUCCACCUGCAAGUGACAGCACACUAAGACCAGCAUACUACAAACCUCAAUUUGAUGUUUCCCUUGCAACUUUGAAAUACAAAGGUAUACAUUUUGGCAAUGCUUCAGGAAGAAAAGAGUUACCUAAAAAGUUAGGUCCUGGUCCUGGACAGUAUGAAAUCAUCAAGGAAAAGACAUUACAUUAUGAAAAUAUUAAUAUCAAGAAAGAUCAACAGCAAGAUUAUUGCUCAAAUAUCCCACAAUUUUAUAAAGUAAUAGAAUUGCAAGAGGAAAAAAAGAGGAAAUUCAUACCUAUGAAAUCAAUCACCCCAGCUCCUGGUACAUACAAUGAACCUCGACCUGCUUUCAAGACUUCAAAGAAAACAUCAGGACUGAAAAACACCCCCUUUGGUCAAAGGGCUGCUCGAUUCACACAGGACUCCAUGGAAGAGGAAAUGCCAGGUCUUGGGUUUUAUAAUAUCCUAAACAAUACUAUAAUUGCCAAAAGAAAUAUCUGCUUGAAGAAACAAAAGAAAAGCACAUUUGGUUCUUCUGUUUCUCGAACUUUGUUCCUGGUUCAGAAAGAAGCUUAUACUACUCCUGGGCCUUUUGAUUAUCAGAAUUCACAGGUUGGUGGAAUUUCUGAUGAAUUACCUAAGUUGACUAGGCAACAUGUUACUAUCUUGUCAAAAACAGAAAGAACUAGGAAAGUACCAGAUAUGUAA